AUGAGGACUCCUUGCGUUAUGAUAUUCGGACUUAUUUUAGUCCUUGUUGGUUGGCUCUUCAAUCUGAUAGCCACGGGUGCCCCGGCAUGGCGAGAGGUGAGGUCAACUGUGGGCGGCGAACUCGGAGAAGUUAUUCACCAGGGCAUCUGGGAUAUCUGCAGAGAGCGCUUACCAAAAGAGUUCACUUGUUUGCGACAAGAUGAUGCCUACUUCAAAGAAGAGAUUGUUAAGGCUGCAAGGGGUUUCAUGAUAGCCUCAGUUAUUGUAACAGCCCUGGGGAUACUGCUGUCAGUUCUUGGGGUCCGAUGCUGGCGAAGAUCUCCGAACUGGCUUCUCGCAGGUUUGGGAGGCAUUGUGGUAUCUGCUUCGAGCUUAUUCGCCAUCAUCCCGAUUGCUUGGUACACCAAUCAGGUGGACAAAAUAAAAGCACCAGGUACUGAUAUUCGGGUGGGCUACUGCAUUGUGCUGGGUUUUAUCGGGAGCUGUUUUGAAUUUAUCGGGGGUGGAUCUUUGAUGAUAUGCCUGUCCCAGUUAUGCGGUGGUGCAACCCAACUGCCCCACAGAAAGUGCAAUUCGCCUCACGCUAACGGAGUCCCGAGGUCAACUAUUAGAACUGUCGAUGUACCAGAUUUAAAUGAGCGACCUCAUCACCCAACGCUGCCAAGACAACUUUUUCAGAAGGACCAAAGUACUUCAUCGCCUGUCCUCUCAUCUCUGCACAAAAGAACUGAUAUUGACACCUUUAACAAUGACCAAUCGUUAUACACAGAGCUUUGAUAAUGCAUAGUAAACGUAUGUGCGUAUCAGUACAUAGAUUUUGUUUUACGAUAGGCUAAUAAUGAAAACUCAAAAUGAAGAAAAAGCUUCUAUUUAUUUUCAAUUUAUAAAUCUCUUUCUUUAUACGUAUAACCAGAAACCUUCUUUUUAAAAUGAUUUUAUGCAGGCUUGCAUUGUUAUAAAGCCCAGAUGGUAUAAUUUUAAAAUCAAUUUUCAUAGUAUUUGUGAUUAAAUAAUAUUAUCUCUGCAUGCUGGUGUUCAAUAUAUGCUAUGUUGUAUGGUGGUUUUCAGUUUGAGAAAAUUUAUUUUGAGAAAAAAACAGGGCUUUCAAUAUAGUUUUCUAUUUAUAUCGUAUUCAUGUCAUUUUCUUCUCUGAAUAUACAUUUUGAAAAUCACACUUUUUACUUUGUAAAAUGAAAAGCACGUGUUUGUAAAUGACUUUUCUGCACAUUUCUGCAUAAGAAAGUUAAUUAAACAUCACUGGCUAAGCAUUUAGAAAUUAAAUACAUGUGCUUAGUGAACAGUUCAUUUAAGAAACUGCAA